GCGAAGCGCCGCCUUUCCGUUUGAUUUCUGUUUUGACAUUCGAAAUAGGUUUUCUUUAAUUUUCCAACGAAAAUCCCCCAAAAUGAAGGUGACGCCUAAGAAAAAGGAGACGUCCCUACGCCUGCGGGAGACGCGCCGCGAGGAGCAGAAGCCCCAGACUAGCCACCAGGCGCAGGACGACGACGCCGAUUCCGAUCUGCCCAUCCGGGGACGUCCCUCGAAGAAGCUGCUGAUCCAGCAGCAGCAGCAGCGCCAGUACCAUGUGAAGCUGGAGCCGGAUGUCAAGGCGGUCACGGCGGGGGCCACUGCAAAGCCAUCCACCUCCUCGUCGGCCAUCGUCAUCGGGGCAAGUGGAGCCCGCAUCAAGGCCAGGCGAGUGCUCUACAAGAAGAGCGUAGGCUCUGGAUCUGUCCAGAAGGCUCCCGGCGAGUCCUAUGUGAUGCGCCUGUUCGAGCGCAGCUUGGACCUCUCCAAGUACCAGGACGGCACGCCCCUGUACCCCAUUUGCCGCGCCUGGAUGGCCAAUCAACCCAGGAAUCCCGCCGUGGCCACCUUUCAGACAGAUGGCUCAACUACGGCCACCAAACGCGGGGACAACGGCGAGGAGAUACUCUCCAAACUGAAGAGCGGAGAGAUGCAGAUGCUCACCGAGCUGCCGCAACCCAAGUCCACGAAUCUGCCCAUCAUUCCGCCGCGCCUGGAGUUCAGCCAGGAGGAGAUGAGGCGGGAGAAGGCUCUCGAGGGAGCCGAUGCCCUCGACUUGCUCUCCUCCAACGUGGCCCGCUGGAAGAAGGUGCGCGGCCACUGGCUGAAGCAUGCCCAGAAGUACGAGCACGAGCGCUAUGAUCUCAUUGACCAGAUAAUGAACGUGGUCUGCAAGAAUUAAAGUGGAGCAGGGAACGAGGUUGGACCACAAACAGCAUGACUAUAUACACAUGGACUAGAAUAAAUACUGUUUGCGUAUAAGAUUGUUUUUGAUUUUAUACAAUGAAUAAAUCUUCAUUUUUAAACGACAAA